CACUGUCUACAGUCGCUGAGAGAAGCACAGUACUUGCAUCGUUCUUGUGUUCCCGGUUAGUGUUGGGUUUUCGCUCUGUGACAGCCCCCAAAUCAUAAAGGAAUGGCCUCCGUGAAAGAUACGGCGACUUUUUUCACUCAUGGCGAUUCGAAACAGUACGAAUUCGUCCUGUCGCUCUACCCACAAGCCUUAAAACUCAAAGCCAAGGAGAAGAACAAGAAGCCUGAAGAACUGGUGAAACUCGACGCAUGGUAUCAAGAAGAACUACCCAAGAAAAUUCGAGCCCGGGGUAAAGACGCACACCUGACGCACGAUGAACUGGUUCAGUGUAUGAAAUGGAAGUUAUCGAGAGGUAAAUGGAGACCACGGCUGCAGGAUUUUGUCCAACAGAAUACGCCCCAAGCAGUGGAGGCCGAAAGCCGCCAAGCAUUCAAACAUUUGAUUCUAAAAGGCGAAAAUGGCAUCGAAUCCGCUAUUUUUAGUUUGGCGAAAUUGAAAGGUGUUGGGCCGGCUACGGCUUCAGCCCACCUACUGAAAUCGCGGAGAGGGAAAUUUUACUCGCAAAUGAUCAACUUGGUGAUGAUCAACACCCCCAAAGCGGUGGCCACCGAGACCCGGAAAGCUCUGCGCAAACUACCCAACCUCGAAUCCGCUUUGAAUAACUUGAGUAGUUUGAAAGGCGUUGGAACAACCAUGGCAACAGCUAUUUUGGCAGCUGCUGCACCUGAAAUAGCCCCUUUCAUGGCCGACGAGUGUCUGAUGGCAAUCCCUGAUAUCGAGGGGCUUGAUUACACAGCGAAAGAAUACCUUAAAUAUGUCCAACACAUCCGAACUGUGGUGGACAGACUUAAUGCCGAAAACCAAAACAGUGCGUGGAGUCCUCAUAGAGUGGAACUGGCCCUUUGGUCCCAUUACGUCACCCGCAAGCUAGAACCUUCCCUGUUGGAUGGUAUUCCUGGCCUAGAAGAGGAGAGCAAAGAAAACGGCAAGGAUAAAACGACCGACAUUGCCAACGGAUCCCCUGCAGUCGCAGAUGGCAAAGAUAGUGAAGAUUCGUCUUCUGGGCCACUUGCACUGGCUGUUACAGAAGAUUCUUCUGAGGCAACAAACGAUUCCAUAUCGGUGGUAAUAAAUUCCGAAGAGACGAGUCGAGAGCCCACGACGAAUGGCAACGGCAAUGAUACCACAAAUGAUAACACCAACGAUCACGACAGCAACACUAAUGACCAUGAUUCCUCGUUAGUCGUACCAACGAAUGGUGACAGUGUUGUUGGAGAUGACAAUGCCGUCGAUGGAGGAACAGACACCACCGCCGUCGUUGGCGGAGGAGAUGACAAUGCUACAGUCGAUCAAGAAGAAUUGGAACCUUCGUCAAAAAAGAUUCGACUCCAAGAACCCGAAGAGGGAACCGCAUAUUUUGAAAUGGAAGGGGAAGGCGCCAGUUCCACGAGCUUCGUUGAAGCGCUUGAAAAUGAAGCACCACGAGGUUUAUCCCAAUUUCAAAUCAAUCGUGAUUUUAUCGAUAGUGUCCCUAUCGAGAACCAAUCAGAGGAAUUGAGAUGUUUGGGUAUUACUGUGUAUGAUCAGUCGAAAUUCGAAGAAGGCAUUCUUCGUCAAGUUGAUGAUGCACUCGAAGAACAAGAACGUCAGAAGAAAGCUUUCGCGGCAAAAAAGUUAUCGAUUUCUAAAGAUGUGGCUAAAGAAAAAGUUGCUAAUGGGCCUCCUAAAGUACAACAAGAAACAGAAAAGGAAAAGAUGGUCAGACUGGGUCAAAUGACACCUUUUGGAACUGUUCUUGGUACUGAACAGAAAACUGAUGGUUUAACAGGCUUUGAAAAAUACCUACUAGAACAAGAGAAACUUAGAAAUGACAAAGCGAAACUGACAUCAAAGAAAGGAAAGGCCCUAAAAAGUGCAGUCGUUCCUGUCAAGCCUAGUCCUGGAGAACAGUUAGGCAAGAAAAUUACUCAUUUACACAGUAAGAAAACGAAAACUAGUGUUCACAAGAAAAGUUCUGAUAGUGAAUACAUUCCAAACGAUGAAGAGUCCCCUAAAGCAAAGGCAGCACUUUUCAGAAAAAAUGGAAAGAAAGAAGCUGAGGAAAACUGGAAUACUGAUGACAGUGACUGGGAAUAUUCUGAUGAUGAAGAUGCACCAAAAAAACGGAAAACCAAAAAUACUGGGCGUGUAAUUGACGAUGGUAAUAUGGACGACUAUCGUAAACGGCUGGUAGAAUGUUCUAAUUUCUCAAUGGAAAACGAAGAUUGUGAAGAAUUCGAAGGAGGCUACCGAAUACCUCUAUCGAUAUGGAGUCGGCUCUAUAAUUAUCAGAAGGUUGGUGUCCGAUGGAUGUACGAAUUGAGGUUGCAAAGAUGUGGCGGAAUUCUUGGCGAUGAAAUGGGAUUGGGAAAAACUAUUCAAGUGGUUGCAUUUCUCGCAGGGUUGUCGCACAGCAAACUUAUUACUCGACUGUCAAGUUAUCGAGGGCUUGGGCCCGUUCUCCUCAUUACGCCGGCUACCGUAAUGCAUCAGUGGGUGAAAGAAUUCCACAAAUGGUAUCCACCUAUCCGAGUAGCUAUAUUGCAUGAAUCUGGUUCUUAUUCGGGUUCGAGGCAUGCUCUCAUAAAAUCAAUCAAUUCAAGCAACGGAGUACUCAUUACUUCCUACACAAGCGUACCCCAAUGCUCUGAGAGCUUGCUGGGACUUGAUUGGGAUUACAUUAUCUUAGAUGAAGGGCACAAGAUUCGUAAUCCGGAUGCUCAAGCUACUCUUGUGGUGAAACAGUUCCGUACCAGCCACCGCUUUAUCCUUAGCGGAUCUCCUAUGCAAAAUAACUUGAAAGAACUUUGGUCUCUUUUUGAUUUCAUCUUUCCUGGAAAAUUGGGAACCCUUCCUGUCUUUUUACAACAGUUUGCUGUUCCCAUUACACAAGGCGGGUACGCCAAUGCAUCUCAAGUGCAAGUGGCAACUGCCUACAAGUGUGCAACUGUUUUGAGAGACACUAUUAAUCCAUACCUUCUUCGCCGAAUGAAAGCUGACGUCAAAGAUCAUCUUCAGCUGCCAGAUAAAAAUGAACAGGUUCUGUUUUGCCGUUUGACCCAAGAACAACGCCAAUUGUAUCAAACUUAUUUGGAUUCCGGAGAAAUUAAGAGCAUCAUUGAUGGACGCUUGCAAAUAUUUGUCGGUCUUACCAAUUUGCGGAAAAUUUGCAAUCAUCCGGAUUUAUUUGAUGGUGGACCUCCUGGUUGCUCGAAGAAGAUCAACGAUAACGAUCCUACUAAACAGUUUGGAUGUGUGGAAAGAUCGGGGAAACUGCUAGUCAUUGAGUCGCUCCUGAAAAUUUGGAAAGAACAGAAUCACCGAGUUUUGCUCUUUUCACAAUCAAGAAAGAUGUUAGAUAUCUUGGAGGCUUUUGUACAGCAGCAAAGUUACACUUAUUUACGACUAGAUGGCACUACUAGCAUUGGCUCACGGCAGCCUAUGAUUGAAAAGUACAAUCAAUCACCCGAUAUAUUCGUCUUUCUGCUGACAACACGAGUUGGAGGUUUAGGCGUGAACUUGACAGGUGCGAACCGAGUGAUUAUUUACGAUCCAGAUUGGAAUCCGUCCACCGACAGUCAGGCUCGUGAACGUUCUUGGAGAAUUGGCCAGCAAAAAGCCGUGACCGUCUAUCGCCUACUAACAUCAGGCACCAUAGAAGAAAAGAUAUACCACCGUCAGAUUUUCAAACAAUAUCUCACGAAUCGCGUGCUCAAAGAUCCUAAGCAGAGACGCUUUUUCAAAUCAAACGAUUUGUACGAACUCUUUACGCUCAAGGAAACCGAUAACCAGUGUACUGAAACGGAAGCCAUCUUCGCUGGAACGGGUUCUGAGGUAGCCACUAAUCCAAAUCCACAAGACGGCCCUGGCAAUAGUAAAACUGAUAAAUCCACCGACGAUGAAUGGAUGCGUAAAUGGAAGAAGGAAAGAGAAAAGAGAGAAAUGGAAUGGAAGAAAUCGUUAGAAAAACGCAAAAAAGAAAAAGAAACAAUGAAUGAAACGGAAGAAGAAAGAAAACAGCGGAAGAAACGUGAAGCCAAGGAAAAGAAGGAAAGAAAACGAAUCAAAAUCGACGGUGCGAAAGUAAAGAACGUCAUUAAAAUGAGCAUCCAUAAUUCAGUUGCUGUUGAUGGCGACGAAGGUAGCACGCCUUCCACUUCAGGCAAUCAAGACGAUUACGUUCUCAAGCGACUCUUUGCCAAAACAGGAGUUAUGAGUGCCUUACGUCAUGACAGUAUUAUCGAUGCCGGCAAUCCGGAUUAUGCGUUAAUAGAAGGCGAAGCGGAGCGAGUUGCCAAAGAAGCCGUUCAAGUUUUAAAGAGUUCACGUCGUAAUUGUUGGGCGGCUGAAGCAGGAGUACCGACGUGGACUGGAAAUAGUGGAGCCCUCCGGAGUUCAACUGACAGGGAAAAGCCUCGGUUCGGUGCCAAGAAAAAGACAGCUCUUCCAUCCGCCACCGCAUCCACGUCAGCGCAUCAGUCGGAAAUAUCAACCAAUCCAUCUGAAUCGAUUGCUGUCAGUCCAGUAAUUCCAGGAAAUUCGUCUGCUGUGCUAAGUUCACGGGAUUUGCUCAGUAGAAUGCAAGCGAGAAACAGGUUGUUGGGGCUUCCAGGUAGCGCUGUAAAUGAAUCUACCGACUCCACCUUCCGAUCCGCCAGCGAGGAAGAGUCAAUGAUCUUGCAGACAGAUGCUGCUCCAUUAGAAUUUGCCGUCGGUGUCGACUACCACACGAUGACAGAAGAAAUUCGAUCGUUUGUGGCGUUUCGUGGUGUCACACCUGGUCAAGUGUUUACCACCGAUCUCCUCAACGAAUUUGAUGGAAAACUUCCUCUUCGAGGUGCUCCUUUAUUCCGAGCUAUCCUCAGUCAGCUGUGCACCUUUACGAGAGACGUCCACAAUCAGGGGAUCUGGCAGCUAAAAUCAGAAUUCCAAUAGAAAAUGGCCCAAGAACCACAUUGCUUUCUCCGUUCCAGUCGGACGCUCCCCAGCCCUUCGAUUAAG